AUGUCGUCCGGGCCGCCGCGCCGGAUGGGCGUGCGCCACCAUAAGCUGCGUGCGCCGCGCAGCCACGGCCUCACUGUGCCCGUGGACGAAAUGUGGGCGCGCCUCUCGGCGGCGAUCACGCAGAUUCAGCAGCACAACAUCUCGCAGCUGAGCUACGAGGAGCACUACCGCUACGCCUACAACCUCAUUCUCGGCGACAUGCUCUAUGCGGGCGUGCGGCGCCAGGUCGCCGAGCACCUCGCGCGCCAGCUGGACGCGCGACUCGUACCGCUCUUCCCCGUCGAGGCCGACCAGGUGCGCGUGGCCGCCGCGGCGCUGGAGCUGCCGCGUGCCGCGCCCGGACUUGCGCACGCGCUCGGCCUGCUGCCGGGCGGCGAUGCGUCGCUGCUGCACACGGUCGGCGCGGGCGAGCGCUUCCUCGGCGCGCUGACCGACCUGUGGGACGACCAUGGCUCGUGCAUGAGCAAGCUGCGCGACGUGCUCAAGUACGUCGACCGCGUGUACGUGCCGAACCAGCAGCGCGUGCCGAUCUGGGACCUGGGCCUCGACCUGUUCCGCGACACGGUCGUGCGGUCAACGCGGCAGCCGUGCUAUGUGCAGCUCAUGGUGACUCUCCUGCGGCACGUCUACUGCGAGCGCGAGGGCACCGUCGUGGAGCGCCGCACGCUCAAGGCCGUCACGGAUAUGCUCCUGGCGCUGAGCCAUACGCCGGACGUGAGUGUGUAUGUGCACGACUGGGAGCCGCUCUUCCUGCGUGCGUCGUCCGAGUACUACGUCGCCGAGUCGCAGCGCCUGCUCGCGACGCAGCAGGCGACGCACUACCUCGUGCAGGCCGAGCGGCGGCUCGCCGAGGAAGAGGCGCGCGUCGUGGCGUGCUUCUCGCCGCGCACGUGGCCGGCGCUGCAGGCGCUCGUCGAGCAGCGUCUCCUGACGGACCACCUGGACCAGGUGCUCGCGAUGCCAAGCGGCGGCCUCGUGGCCCUGCUCGACGCCGACGCGCGGCCGGACCUCGAGCGCCUGUACCGCCUGUUUGCGCGCGUGGAGCCGGGCCUCCCUGCGCUGCACCGUGCGUUGCGCGAGUACAUCGCGGCGCGCGGCCGGCGCAUCCACGAGGCCGCUGCGCCGCGCGAGGGGUCCGCCGCGCCGCCGCUCGAGGUCGCGCUCGCGUGGGUCGAGCAGGUGCUCGCUCUCCAGGCGCAGCUCGAUGGCGUGCUUUAUACCAGUCUCGCGGGCGACAAGAGCUGCGAGGCCGCGAUCAACGAGGCCAUGGAGAGCCUCGUCAAUAUGCAGGCGCGCGCGCCCGAGUUCCUCUCGCUGUUCAUCGACGAGCACCUGAAGAAGGGCUCGCGUGCAGCGGCGGAUAUGGAGCGGGUGCUGACGCAGACCAUCACGCUGUUCCGCUUUGUGCACGAGAAGGACGUGUUCGAGCGGUACUACAAGCUGCACCUCACGCGCCGCCUGCUCCACGGGCGGAGCGCGUCGGACGAGGCGGAGCGCGACAUGAUCGCGCGGCUCAAAGUCGAGGGCGGGCACAGCUACGUGCAGAAGCUGCAGGGCAUGCUGAAUGACAUGAAGCUCAGCGACGAGGUGCUCCAAGCGUUUGAGCGCGAGCAGGCGCGUGCCCCGGCGCCGCGGCCGCUCCCGAUGCAUGUGCGUGUGCUGACCGCGACGUACUGGCCGAUCGCCCUGCCGACACAGCCCCUCGUCCUGCCGCCCGUCCUCGCCGAGGCGUGCAGCGCGUUCGAGCAGUUUUACGCGGCGCGGCACCGCGGGCGUGUGCUGACCUGGCAGCCGUCGCUGGGCACCGCCGACGUGCGCGUGCAGUUCCGCGCGCGCGCGCACGACCUGUCCGUCUCGACGUACGCGCUCAUCGUGCUGCUCCUCUUCGAGCACACAGACACACUCGCCUACCCCGCGAUCCGCGCUGCGACGCAGAUGAGCGAUGCGGACCUGCAGCGCACGCUGCAGAGCCUCGCGUGUGCCAAGUACAAGAUUCUGCGCAAGGAACCCAAAGGGCGCGACGUGCACGAGUCCGACACCUUCACGUUCCAUGCCGACUUCACGUGUCCGCUCGCGCGCAUCAAGAUUGCCCAGGUCGCCGCCAAAGUCGAGACGCCCGGCGAGCGGCAGGCAACGACGGCCAAGGUCGAGGAGGAGCGCAAGAACCAGGUCGAUGCAUGCAUCGUGCGUAUCAUGAAGAGCCGCCAGACGCUCGCGCACAACGAGCUCGUAAACGAGGUCGUGCGCCAGCUGCUGCCGCGCUUCCAGCCGUCCCCCGCACUGAUCAAGAAGCGCAUCGAGUCGCUCUUGGAUCGAGGUACGUGCACGUCACUGACGCCAGAAUAUCUAGAGCGCACGGAGGAGCGGCAUGUGUAUCAGUAUGUAGCGUAG